AUGUCGAUGAACGUUCGUAUAGUACUGAUGGUAAUCAUUGGCUGUGGAAUAACGGUUCAGGUGAGCAGUAGCGUUUGGCCAUUGAAAAUGUAAAUAUGUAUUGUCAGAGGGAGUCAGAAAAGGGGGAGCCGAGUAUAGCCAUCGUCGGAGCCGGAAUGGCUGGUUUGUCAACAGCGCGCCGGCUUCUUGAACUUGGAAUCGACAGUUUCGACAUUUUCGAAGGACUCGACCGCAUCGGAGGACGUAUCCAUCCAGUAGCCUACGGUAGCUUCAAAAAAAAUGUUCUUUUUCUGAAAGAAACUCUCCAGAAGAUGGAUACUUGCAAAUGGGAGCUCAAUUCAUUAACGGAGCUCAAAAUCCAUUGUACAAGAUCGCCGAGAAGCUGGACCUUCUGGCCGAGGUCGUAUCAGACACUGCUCACGUCGACAAGGCGAACUACAUGCACGGUCAGCAGAAAAUCGAUAGGUAACCUGUCUUUGCAAGCAACCGCCAGGAAAAAACUUCAGGAACGACAUCGACGCCUUCCUCGAGUUCAUAAAGCCUCUCGACCACAAGUACCGCGAAAUCGCCAAGCACAAUGAAACGGUCGCACGACGUUACUCCUUCAAGGAACUUUUCACUCUGGACUAUAUGCGAUUUCUUUCGGUAGACCAGCCCGCAGAUCUCAGUCUGACUGAAAAAUAUUUGAAGGAGAAUGAGAUCUCAGCAGGGCGUCGUCACGUAUUCGACGCCUUGGCCCGCUCCUUCCGUUCCUACUGGGAAUUCGAGUGGGCUGCUGAUUGGAGUGACGUUAGUCCCUCAUUAGAUCUUACCCAAAAUGAACUGUUUUCUCAUUUCAGCUGAGCGUUCACGUUUUGCGUGAAUGGGACGACCAAGGACCCGAGUGCGAGUCUUUCGCUACGAACAAGAUAGGCUACAGAGUGAGUGAGAGUAGAAAUGAGCAUCAUCAGCUGUAAAAUCUCAGGCGAUCCUCGACGAAAUCUCGCGUCCGAUCCCUAGUCGUGCAUUCCACUUCAAUCACACCGUCGACAACAUCAGAAUCAGUCAGCUCGACGGCCGAAUCCACGUCACCACAAAUCGCGGUCUUCACCCAAGAGUCUACGACUACAUCAUCGUGACGUCUUCUUUGGGAGUUCUGAAGAAAUACCACCACACCAUGUUCACUCCACCUCUUGCGAGGCAAAAAAUUGAAGCGAUUCAGAAAAUAGGUAUAACAGUGUUAUAUUGAUCUAAAUAAGGAGAAAAAAUUGAUACAGGAUUUGGAGGCUCAACGAAAGUUUUCUUCGAGUGGGAGAACAAGUUUUGGCCCAACGACACCUACUCGAUCGCUCCUCUACCAGUGAAGGGAAUGGCAAGAGAUGAAGUAGACAUCUUCGAGCAAGAGACUACCAUUCUACAAGUAUGAAAACCUAAGUGAAUGAAAUGAAAAGCAAGUUUCAGACGAUUGACUGGGCACCGAAUGUGCUCUGUGGAUGGUACGCAGGAAAAGGACACGCCAUGGUGGACAAUCUCUCAGACGAAGAACUCUCGCAGAAGAUCACACGGCUCCUGAGAGACAUGUACGACGACCAGGACAUAGAACCGCCUCAGAAGAUCAUAAGGUCGGCGAAAAGACCUUCAGCUUGAAAAGUGAAGAACUUCAGGUCGAAACUGACGAAGAACGAACUGCUCCUUGGCUCCUACUCCUACAUGACGCCGGUUCAGGCCAUGUCGCGGAUCUCGCAUUCGCAGCUGGCCAUCCCCGUCAAGCAUUCGGGUCGUCCGCGAGUUCUCUUUGCCGGCGAGGCCACCCAUCACAGGUUUCCCUUCAGAACGACGCCUCUCUCGAAGCCGAAAAGGAAAAGACAAAAAAUGGGUUUAGGUUGUUCCAAACAGCCAUUGGAGCGUACUUGAGCGGACGCAGAGAAGUCGAUCGAGCCCUUAAUGACUGGAACACCUUCACCCGCAACGCCACUUUGAGCGCGAUUAAGAAAUCAGGAAAAGCUUCGGCCGCAGACCUUAGCCCCUCGAAAAUUUCAACGAGCGACAUCAAAACCGCGGUUUACAAUAUGAUUGAAAGAGAAACCAUGCAAUAA